AUGCCUCCCAAAUCCGAUCCAUCUGGGACAGACACCCUCUCCUCUGUAGAGCAAGUGCUAUACAAAGCUGUCGUCGACGCCGAUGUCCUCUACCAGCGAGAGGUCGAGGCUUCCUGUCCCGGGUAUCCGGUGAUCGAGCUCCAGCAGGCUAUUAACGCGCUGUUGAGGAAGAGCUUGUUGAAGAUGAUGAAGGAUAGUAAGGGGAAGCCUUGUUUUAAGGCGGUCAAUGCUAAGGAUGCGAGACUGCUGGGGGCACUACAGGGCGACGAAUCGAUGGUUUACACACAUAUCCGUAACUCGGGAACCGAAGGUAUCUGGACAAAGUCGCUCAAAGCGAAGACAAACUUGCACGCCACGGUAAUCAACCGCUGCCUGAAGCAGCUCGAGCAGCGACAGCUCGUCAAGAGCGUGAAGAACGUCAAGUUCCCUACGCGGAAGACGUAUAUGCUCUUUAAUCUGAAGCCGAGUGUGGAGCUUACGGGAGGGCCGUGGUUUAAUGAUAAUGAGCUUGAUGUGGGGUUUAUUGAGGGCUUGCUACAGGCCGUAUAUACGUUUAUCGAGAAGAAGGUGAAUACACAGACGUUUGUAGGCGAUGACUAUCAGGUGUGGCCGACAUCGCGCACGGACAAGUACCCAACGCUCGCAGAUGUGAGGAGGUUCGUACACGGUUCAGGGCUCACAGAGGUCAAGCUGGAGGACGAGCACGUCAAGAGUCUGCUAGACGUGCUAGUGUAUGAUGGGAAGAUUGAGUCGUUGCCUGGGUCGGGAGGGAAAGGGUGGGAGGAGAAGGAGAGCGACGAGGACAGAGAGCGGGAAAGGAGUCGGGAGAAGAGGAAGAAGAGGAAGAGAGCGGCCAGUGAGAGUGACGAGGAGAGCGAGGACGAUCGCGCAAGGCGGAAGAAGCGGUCUAAGCGGCGCUCACGAUCUGAUGACGAAGACGAAAAAGACGAGAAACACGAUUCCGACGACGAACAUUCUCACCACCGCUCAGGAAACAUGAAACGCAAACGGUCUUCACGCUCCGACGAGUCUGAGUCCGAGGAAGACGAUGAUGGUUCUGACCAGCCCCGGUCGCGCAAGAAACGUAGAGCAUCUCUCUCGCCGACACGAUCUCUCUCGCCAGUUACGUUCCGCGAUGCCUCUCCUCUGUCUCUCUCGUUCUCUGGCUCUGUAUUCCGUGCUGUGCGAAGGGAGACGUAUGGUUCUGGGCUGAGCGAGAUCCCCUGUGGACUAUGCGAGGUGUUCGACUUCUGUGCGCCCAAGGGUCCUGUGAACGCAAGGGAUUGUCAGUAUUAUGACGACUGGUUGAUGCCUGAUAAGAUAGAAACGAGAGGGAAAGGCAAGGGGUUAGCGAGGCAGGAAAUGGUGCAGGAGGGCGGGGAGGUAGAGGUGGCCGAGGAGGGUGAGGAGGGCACGUGGGACGAAAGCGGAUAUGCGGAGGAGGCGUAUGACGGAGAUGGUGGUGGGAUGGAAAUUGGCUAUGAAGAGGAGACGUUUGAAGAAUAUGAUUGA